AUGGUGAACCGCGGACCUAGCGCUGGCUGCCAAGCAUGCAGAGAGCGCCGCGUUGGGUGCGACAAGGCAAGACCGGCGUGCAGAAAGUGUAUUAUCCGUGGACAGAUAUGUCCUGGAUACCGCGACGCCAACGGUGUUGUCUUCAAGGACGAAAGCAAGGCUGUUUUCGCGCGCCAGAGCAAG